CUCGGGCUGCGGGGCUCCGGAGGGCAGCUUCGGCCAGCGGCGGGAGGCGAGCGGCGGAAGUUAGUGGUCUCCGAGCCGCAGCCUCCGAGGCUCCCCCAGAGGCAAAGGAUUCCCACCAAGCGACUGAUGACCGAGCGGCUUCACCGUGGCUCCCCAGAUGCCCCGCCAUGCCUUUCCUGGACUGGCUCCUCUACCACUCGGUUGCCAUGUGGCUACUCCUCCAGAGUUUUGUCCUGAUAGCCUUUUGCUUCCACUCUGCCACCACCUUCCCCAAGGGCUGUUACCCUUCUACCGAGGACGGCUUCAAAACCUUCCGUUGCAGCAAGGCCCAGCUCACUGUUAUCCCGAGGGAUAUCCCCAACGACACCAACAAAUUGUACCUGGAUUACAACCAGAUUUCUUUCCUGCCUAACGACGCCUUUCAGAACCUGCCCCUUCUGGUGGAACUCGACUUGUCUCACAACGCCAUCAGCCGCGUGGAGGUCGGGGCCUUCCGGGGAUUGUCAGAAAGCCUGCACGCUCUGGACCUGUCCUCUAACAAGCUGGUGUCUGUCAACAAAGAUGUCUUCAGUGUGUUGAAAGCCAAAGCCAACCUCUCCAGCAACCCUUGGCUUUGCGACUGCACCCUCCAGCAGCUCGUCGAGAGGGUCGAGCUGGUCGCUGGCACCUCCGACGGGAUCACCUGCGAUGCCUCUGCCCGGAAGGAGCACAUCGGCAAGCCCUUUCUGCAACUGGUGGGGGACAUAGACUUUUGCAACAUCUACAAGAAGACCACAGACAUCGCCAUGCUGGUCACCAUGUUCGGCUGGUUCGCCAUGGUGAUCUCGUAUUUGAUCUACUACGUCCGGCAGAACCAAGAAGACGCCCGGCGGCACCUAGAAUAUCUCAAGUCCUUGCCCAGCAAGCAGAAGAAGUCGGAAGAGUCGUCUACCAUUAGCACUGUGGUGUGACCAAACGCGGGACCCUCCCUCCGCCCCGCAUCCUCAAGAAAACCGUAAGCAGAUAAAAGAGAUUCUACAUCUCCAUGUGGAUCGUUGACCACUAGAUGCUGGAAUGCACAAUGGCUGAAGAGACUGUUACUAAACAAAGAAAUAAAACGACUUGGGGAGGCAGGGCCUUGCUUAUACAGAAGGCCUCCCUUAGCAUUUCUUUUCAAGCAAUGAGCAACAAAAAAGGUUGAAUUACUCGGCACACUUCCAAGGGCCUCUGAGGAGUAGCAUAUGGCUCACCUGCACGGAUCGGCCUUGCCGGGUGAUGCCUGUCGUCCACCUGUCCAUCCCCCUUCCUGUCGACUCCGCAGAGCAGACUUUUCCGCACCUGCCAUAUGAUAGAGUCACAUCCAGGCAAAGCUAUUUCUACUGUGGAUUGCCAUCCACUGGAUUGAGGGGUACUUGUGUUUACCCGUUUUCUCUUAUAACGAGUGGCUGCAUCAUCACUAUAGUAAUCUGGGACUCCAAAAAAAAAUUCCCACGAUUCACAAGAGAUUUGGCCAUUUUGAUAAAAUAAUUUUAAAACACACACACACACACACCAAACAGAAUAAUUCCUAACUGGGAAUCAUCAACAAGUAGCUGAGAAUAUAUUGGCACCUAUAGGCAAAAUGCAACAUUACCAAGAAAUGUAUAGUAUCUUAUCAGCAUUCCCCCCCCCCAAAAAAAACAGGGAACAUUGCAAUUUUUGUUUUGCUAAGUUUUAUGUACUUAAGAAUAAUAAUCUUAAAAACCUGAACGCACAUCGUCGCUGGUUUUCCAAAACGGAUCAACUUUUUUAUAUGUGCUGUAGCAAUAGCUGGAUAAUCCAUUUUGCUGGAAUGCUUCACUUCGAGCCAUGGCAGUUAUCAGAAUGAAAAUGCAUAUGGACUUAUGCACCAAUAGCAUAAAUACUUGGAUCAGUAGUAAGGCACGAGAUAAUAGAAGACACAUCUAUAGACUAGAAUCACGGGGUUGUGUUCUUUGAGACUUUUUUUUCCCCUUCAAAAAACGAAAAUAGUUUUAGGCUCAAAUUUGACAAGAAUUGACCUGGGCUCCAAAGGUUUAUUGUACUGUUACCUUUCCAUUCGUCAGAACCGGAACUAUGAACCCGGGAAAACAAAAGGGGACGGGGAACAGUUCACAUGUCGCCCUUUUGUUAUUUCUUCACUCACAGAAGUUGCCUGCUUGUUGUGAACAACAGUGAUAAAAACGGAGCACAUGCUUUUUUUCAGCUCCACUCGUGGAACUCAAUAGUUUAUUUAUUUUGUCCAAGAUCCUUAUAACCUGCCCUUCCUCCAGUCUGGAAGCUCAGGGCAACUAACAGCCGCUGAAUUAAACCAUCGUACACAAUUAUGCCCGGGAUUCUAUAGCAAGUGUCGUUGAAACGUGGCUUUGUUUAUAGUUUCGCUGGUACGCUAAAUCUGCCAGCUCCUUAACUCCUUGUUUCCAUCAAGACCUCAGAUCUCGGCUGUGACAUCCUCCAUGGUCUGUUCUGAAAUAAUACCUUUACACAGAGCGGAGAUCCGCCAGUUCCCAUAUGGAGAGGACCGCUCCUGUGAGUGAAGAGGGCAUCAAAAGGGGAAUGCCUGCAUUGGUCCCAGUCGAUAGCGCAGAUCCGAUCUGAUCUCUCCUGCUAGCCAAUACUGCAUCACCUUUUAUACAACACCAAUGUGCCACAUCAAAGGGUUGUUUUGUCUGGACUUUUCCAAACGCUGGAAGAAGUAAAUUAAGGAGGACCUUAGGGAGGUAUGCCGGGCUUGGGAGAGUUACUUCUACUUGCUCCAAACCUCGAGGGUGUUGAAAUUGGAGAUAAGAGCUGUGGGCAAGGGGGCACAUCUGCGGCACACCACUCCAGACUGCAGAUGUGACCUGGAUAUCCACCUGUAUUCCUCAUGUGCCUACCUGGUUCCUGCUUUUGGGGGGGGGAACGACGCCCUGCCAGGUUUCUAGACCAUACGAUAACUCUGCUCUGGCCCAAGAGCGGGCAAGAGAUAGAGAUUACAUCCACCUGCCCUUCUCUCAAGUGCCCUUUAUUGAGAGACAUCCUCCUCCAGAGCUUUUCAGCCUGGUGUUCCAGGGCAGGCCUUUCUCUGUGUGUGGGGGACAUUUAUUAUUUUUUUGCAAGUCCCACCUACUUUGUAGCAAAAUACUCCCCUUGUUCUUCAAGAGGUCCCUCCUUCCGUUUCAUUUACCAAUAAAAGCCGAAACGCCUUCUUUUUCGAGAGAGAGAACACACUGCAAUAGCCUACCACCAGACUUAAAAAGGGGCAGCUGGUCACCGAAUGUUUCUCAGCAGAGGACCCAGAAGUCAGCUGACCUUCCACUGUGACCGUGCAUUGAGGGAGCCCAGGAGGUGAGGAAGCCCCUAAUGCGCACACUCUCUCUCUGUUGAUCAGCAGCCUUAUACCUUGACCUCUUCAAACUCAGUACCUCUUCUCUACAUUCCCAGUAUGCAGUAAGACCCCCCUCCAUCGCAGCGUUGGCAGCCGGCCGGAGCUGCCGUUGGGAAAACCAAAGCAGCAGUUGCCUUGGAAAAGCUUAUACACAUGCGCACAAAGAAGAGAGGGGGAGAAAAGGAAGGAAGAAAUUACUCUGGUAAUAAGUAAAACCUUUCCUGGUUUAUUCUUUUCUUUUGUUUCGCCCCCUCCUCCAAAGGUUAUUUAUUUCAGUUUCCCCCCAUGAAAAAAGGCAAAUAAACAAAAAUUCAACAGGCUACAUUGGAAGAUGCUUGGCUGCUUUAUGUGUGCGUGUGUGUGUCUUUGAAAACGUGCUUUUCACGCAAGGGUUGCACGGGUGAUCUGGGCAGGGGUGGUUCAAGGCAUUUGGGCAGAGCGUGGGUUUCGCUUGCAGGAGACCCGAGGUUCAAUCCAGGUAGGGCUGGCAAAGCCCCAUGUCUGUCUGGGCUGGAGUCAGAUCCAGGACAGCACUAAAGUAAUAAGUCACUGAUGCCAGUGAUGUUAAUGCUUUAUUCAAGUAAACCGAAAUACAGCUCAGGCCCAGUGGUCUCAGCAACCCUUCCCAGCAGGUCUUGCC